AUGGGAUUUUUGUAUCAGGUGCUUAGGGAUGUCAGCGAGAAACAGCCUUACAGUGUGGGUAAAAAUAUAUUAAUUAACAACAUUUUAACGCUUAUUAACAAACAUCUUUGCUCAGGUCACGAGGGCUUUAAAAGGCUUUUCACCGAGUUGCCUGCUCGCAUCGCGGGGUAUAACAGGGAAGUGCAGGAGGGGAAUGAGAAAGUUAAACAACCAAUAAAAAAGCUUGAAGGGGAGAUGAAAGAGCUUAAAACUCAGGUAAGUGCUAUAUUAAAUGAUAAUGCUGUUGCAGGUACUACUAUGAUCCUGAGGACGGGGGACGCCGAUGUCGCUAAGCAAGCGGUUGAUGACGUGAACCGAAAGUUAAAGGAUUCAAUUAAGGCGACUGUCGGAUUCACCGAGACUACUAAGACUUUGCAGACUGAGAUUGCUGAUUUGAAUUUCGACACUCGUAAUAAUGUUAAUAAUGCUAUAAAUGCCAUGAAACGUGAAUUAGACGUGCUGCAAUUUUCGUGUCAGAAUCAGAGUCACGAUUUGGAAUACAGCAUUAAGAAAGUUGUUGAGAGGUGCAAUGACAUACAUAGAAAAGUCGAUGAUGAGACUAGGACAAAAGUGGAGGCUCUAUUAAAUGAUAUUAGAAACAAAAUGAACGCAUUUCAAAGUACCCAUGAAAAAGACAUUUACCACCCUUGA